UGUAAGCUCCGAUAGCGACGUCAGUGACACAGCGUUACACACGGUGAAGAUGGCGGAGGCUGCGGCGACACCAGAACAGCGCUUUUUCUGCCACUGCUGUAAAGGUGAAAUCAACCCAAAACUCCCGGAAUAUGUUUGCCCAAGGUGUGAUUCAGGCUUUAUUGAGGAGGUGACAGAAGACUUCAGUCUCCUGGAGAACAGCAAUGCAGAGCCCAGUGAAGAUGCAGGCACACUCUUCUCAGAGUUGUGGCAGCUGCUGUUCAUGGAACGCUCUGCUCUCCUGUCAGAACCCCCUGCCUCUGGCCCUGACUCUGACGUGGAGCCCAGCCCCAGCCCUGUCCCUGGGUCCACCGCCUCUAACUUGGUAGGGGAAGGCCUGGAGAGCAGAAUCCCAGGAGUCCCCUUUAGAGGCAGUGAGACCAUAGCACCAGAGCCUCCCUCUCCUCCCCUUGGUCAAGAGAGGAGACCAUCCAGGCCUGACCCAACACCAGCUGUGGAGGGGAUUGUGCAGCAGUUCUUAGCCGGUCUGUUUUCCAACAAUGGGAAUCCAGGCACCGCACCAGCCUCACUAACUAGUAUGUUACACUCCAACCCAGGGGACUAUGCCUGGGGUCAGGGGGGUCUAGAUGCUGUUAUCACAGAGUUGUUAGGUCAGUUUGAGAGCACAGGUCCCCCCCCUGCAGAGAAAGAGAUGAUCUCAUCCCUUCCAACAGUCAGCAUCUCUCGAGAACAGACAGACUGCAGAUUGGAGUGUCCAGUGUGUAGGGAAGAGUUCUCUGUGGAAGAGUCUGUCAGACAACUACCCUGCCUCCAUUAUUUUCACAGUGACUGUAUUGUGCCAUGGCUGGAACUGCAUGAUACCUGUCCGGUGUGUCGGAAAAGUCUUGACGGUGUUGACAACAGCGCAAAACCCACGUCAGAACCCCCUGAGGCUCUCUCCAUCAGAGCAGAACCACAGGAAGAGAGACAAGCCAUUUGAGAGACUAGUUGUGAACUUCUACCUCUCUGUUUUUUCUCCCACACACCUUCCUUCCACCCUUUUUCUGACUUCCCAUUAAAAUAACCAAUUUCUGUUUAUUUAUCACCUCCCUGAAAUCAUCCAGGACCCAGUUUUUCUUUUGGUUGCAGUGAAUCAAACAGCAACAAUAUUCUGAUAGUAGUAUAGUCAGUAUAUGGACAAAUAAACUCAGAUGCAGGCUCACUGACACGAUUUGGAUUGGUGUUCUCCCAUACUGCCUCAUAACUUGAGUUCCUAAAGAAUCUAUCCCUCGUGAAUCCGGUAUUUACACCCUUUAGGAAAUGGCAAAAUAUGAGGACAUAUAAACAAUUUAUAGUAACGAUUGGCGAAAAACCUUGUUUUGUACCAAGGCUCUUUUCCCUUUAGUCUGCUCCUGGACUUUUUGGUUUCCCCUUCUGAUCUCAUACAGGCCAGCCUAACAAUGAAUGUUGUCUCUUAAUUGGAAUCUGCUAUUAAAGUAUAAAUCUGUG